AUGACAAUCGUGACAUCUGACAUUUGCAGAUUGCAGAACAAGUGAGUAAAGUUGUAGAAUUAAAGACCUGAAUUUUUAUUUUAGAGUACUUAAUUCAGUUGCAUUUGGACUCCUAAAUAGAUUUUCAAAAUGAAUACACUAAUGAGAAAGAGUUUCCGGCCAUUUUUAAAUAGCACAAUCCGAGCAUCAUGUCGAACAUUUGCCGAUGUUAAUAUGAACGAGAAAAUAGACAAAAUAGUAAAGGAUAAUAAGGUCGUAGUAUUUAUGAAAGGCGUACCUGAUGCGCCGCGGUGUGGGUUUAGCAACGCUGUUGUUCAAAUUAUGAGGAUGCAUGCUGUUCCUUACGUCAGUCAUGAUGUCCUCUCAGACGAAAAUUUAAGACAAGGUAUUAAAGAAUACUCAAAUUGGCCAACAAUACCACAGGUGUUUAUUAAUGGAGAGUUUGUUGGGGGUUGUGAUAUCAUGCUGCAAAUGCAUCAGUCGGGUGAAUUAGUGGAGGAACUGAAAAAAGUUGGUAUAAUAAGUGCUCUAUUGACAGCUGAACAAUCCAAGAAAGAAGAAAAGAAGUAGAAAUUGAGAGGUAGAUCUAACAAGUUGAGUAAAUUAUGUAUUUAUAUUGCAUACAAUCGUUACAGAUAUAUGUAUUUUAUUUAUUUAUUGUCUGUAUAGAUUAAUACUAUUAUCAAAAGCAUAAAAAACAGGAUUUUAUAACAAAAUCA